AUGCGAGCUCUGCUCUCUCGCAUCCCGAUCUCCACCGCUGCCUUCUUCUCCUCCUCCCAAACCCUAGCCCCGAGCCCUAGCCUCGCCCCCCUCCGCCUCGGCCGCCGCUUCGUCGCCAUGGCCGCCGCCGCCGCGGAGGAGUUCGUGAAGGGCCGCGUCUUCCCCAACGGCGUCGCCGUCAUCACCCUCGACCGCCCCAAGGCCCUCAACGCCAUGAACCUCGAAAUGGACCUUAGGUACAAGGCAUUUCUUGAUGAAUGGGAAACAAAUCCAAAUGUGAAGUGCAUUCUUGUGGAAAGCAGUUCUCCCCGCGCAUUCUCAGCUGGGAUGGAUAUUAAGGGUGUUGCAGCGGAAAUUCAAAAGGACAAGAGCACAUCACUUGUGCAAAAGGUCUUCACAGCUGAGUACUCUUUGAUUUGCAAGAUACAUGAGUAUGCAAAACCUUAUAUAUGCUUGAUGGAUGGUGUAACCAUGGGGUUUGGAAUUGGAUUGUCUGGACAUGGCCGCUACCGCAUUAUUACGGAGGCAAUUAGAACACUCCUGGCCAUGCCGGAAAAUGGUAUUGGCUUGUUCCCAGAUGUUGGCUUUGCUUACAUCGGUGCAAAAGCGCCAGGAGGGGGUGCAGUCGGAGCUUACCUUGGGAUGACAGGAAAAAGAAUAUCUUCACCUGCUGAUGCUCUGUUCAUAGGUCUCGGAACCCAUUAUGUACCUUCCGGGGACUUGGGUUCACUCAAGGAAUCCCUCCUGAGUGCUAACUUCACUGCUGAUCCUCACAAAGAUGUUGAGUCACUCCUGACUGGGUACAAGAAGGAACUUGAGUCGGUGCCCCAAUUAGAAAAGCUUUUACCGGAUAUCGUUUCUUCUUUUGGUCCUGAUAAAUCAGCUACUGAAUCUGUGGAAGAGCUAAAGAAGCGUAGUCAAAGUGGUGAUGCCACAGUGUCAGAAUGGGCCAAUGAUGCUUUAGCAGGACUUAAGAAAGGUGCUCCGUUUUCUCUUUGUUUAACACAGAAACAUUUCUCUCGAGUUGCAUCGUCAUAUGGGAACAAUGAAAAUUAUCUAUCUAAGUUGGCUGGUGUUAUGAAAUUGGAGUACCGCAUUGCCUUAAGAUCAUCGGUUCGAAGUGAUUUUGCUGAAGGCGUACGCGCUGUCUUAGUUGACAAGGACCAGAAUCCAAAAUGGAGUCCAGCAACUCUGGAAGACGUAAACAUGGAUGAGGUCGAAUCAGUUUUCGAACCAUUAGCUGCCGAUGCUGAGUUGAAUGUGUGA